GCCAAGGGUCAGCUUCCCAGGAACAUGCCCAGGAUCGGUCCUCCGGGCUCACUCCUAGCAAGCUGAUCAGGAAGGCCCCCAGUGGACUGAAGCAUGAUCUCCAUCACCGACUGGCAGAAGAUUGGUGUGGGCGUCACCGGCUUCGGUGUCUUCUUCAUCCUUUUCGGGAUACUCCUGUACUUUGACUCCGUACUCCUGGCUUUCGGAAACCUGCUGUUCCUGACUGGCCUCUCCCUCAUCAUCGGCCUGAGGAGGACGUUUUCCUUCUUCUUCCAACGACACAAGCUCAAGGGGACCACCUUCUUCCUGGGGGGUGUAGCCAUCGUGUUGCUGCGCUGGCCCCUUCUGGGCAUGCUCCUGGAGGCCUAUGGAUUUGUUAACCUCUUCAAGAGCUUUUUCCCUGUGGCCUUUGGAUUCCUGGGCAGUGCUUCCAACAUCUCCUUCCUGAGCACUCUGUCGCAGAAGCUUCAAGGCUCCAGCUCAAUGGUCUGAACCGGCGAGGUGCACUUCUCGAGCUUGGAUUGUUGGCGGAGGGGCUGGAAGGGGGACGGGGGUUAUCUUCGUGAAUCCCCUCCUCAGCACUGACUUACUUCCUCUCACACGUGGGCAUCUCCAAGUCCGGAAGAAAGAUGGAGCUGAGUGACUGACCUUAAACCCCCAAGUUCUCCCAAGAGGCUUCCAGGAGUUGAGAUCUUGUCCUUGACAGCCAGCUGAGGCUGGAAACAACAUCCCUAACCUAAGUUUCUGCAGGGAGUGAAGAUUAAAUCCUCAAGCUGAAGCUGUGAAUGUGUCUGAGAUUCGGGGUUGAUGUCUCCAGUUCAGAAUAUCCACCCCAGGCCUAGGACGGGUUGCAGCACCUCCUCCAACCUCGAGCGAGUCCACAAGGUGUAAUUGCAUUCUCUAAGAGUCGGACCCUGUCCCUGGUGUGAUUUUCAUGCUGUUAUUUAACAUUUGAAGGGUCUGCUAUAAUGUUAAGCCUCAGUUAAUGUUAGGCGAGCAAUGGGAACUAAGCCCACGCAGCAUAAGGAAGAGCAUCUCAGCCAUGAGGUGACCACUCCACAUAGGGCAUAGCAGGUAGAGGUGGCACCAAAACCACCUUCUGUUUGGGGGUGGAUGGCGCCAUUGCCUUCAGAGAACCAAGCCCCACAGAGGAGCUGGUUCUUGUUCUGGCGAGUUCCUUGUCUCACGGUAAGGAGUUUUUCUUUGUUUUGUUUUUCUGAGGCAAGGUUGUAGAUUGGCCUGGAACUCACGACCAUCCUGCGUCAAGUGUCUGAGUGCUGGGAUUAUACAUAUGACGCACUAUACUUCUUAAAAGGGAUUCAUGUACACUGAAGAAAGGUGCAGACCAGGUUUUGGAGGCACAGACUCUAAUCCUAGUAUUUGGGAAGCAGAAUCGAAGGGAUCUCUGUGAGUUCAAGGACAGCCAAGGCUACAGUGAGACCCUGGUCUAAAAUAAAAAUUAAAAAAAAAAAAACAAGAACAGAAUCCGUAAGGGAAGAAAGCGGGAGGGCAGGGGCAGAGUCAUGGUGAGCACCCACUGAGCCCCUUUCUUUAUUUGCCUAGUAGUAGAGUAGGUGCCAGGAAAUACCGACAGUGAGGCUGGCCACGCCCUCCAUGCACCAAAUGCUGCCCACUCUCCACACUUACUUUCUCAAGGCCAGCUUGGCCACAUCAAGUAUAAAAUGGAUGUUCCCUCU